GCCUUUGGCUCUCUGGGAUGAAAACAACAGAGAGAUAUUUCAAUUCUAAAACUGUUACCCACAUUUUACCCCCUUUUCCUCCUUGUUCCCCUCUUCCUCCCCAGCGUUUUCCCCUCUGUCUCUGGGAAAGCAGCAGUUUAAGGGGGGAAAAACAAGUGCGUGGAGCCAAGAAACAGGUCUGACCUCAGUUACUGGAAUUAAGCAAGGUGCUGUUUUAAAGAGUUUCUAAAGUGGCCGAGACAACAUGAACACCAGUGAACCAGGCUCCAACUUCACCUUUACCUCAAACACAGAAAAUGUGACUCUGUCCAACUUGACCACCACCACCAUCUCUGCCACCAUCUCACAGCCUCCAUCCUAUUCUUCAGACAACUAUGACCCAGAAUACACCAUCAUGGUGGUACUGGGCUUAUCACUGCUACUGGCAGGGUUAGCGGCCUUCCUGGCAGUAUGCCGGCCAUCGGAACAGGAUGGGGAGUCUGAGGCGGGCUGUAGCCCAGGGGAGAGCCUAACCUGCGGAAGAAGCCGGUCCAGUGAGCCACAGCUCAAGGUGUGGAAAAGGCUGGGCUCAUAUCGGCGUUCAUACAACCUCUCUUUCAGACGACCGCCCCAUCGCAGACCGCACGAGCGCGAGAGCACACAUGUGUCACGGUCUCCGGCCCGACAGACACCACAGCCAGAAGCCAGUGUGGAGCCCCACCUCACUAUGCCUUGUCUAUUUGACUAUGUCACUGAAAUCUGACUUGAGGACAGGCUGAGGCCUGACUGACUGCUCCCCAAAACAAGUGAUACACUGUAUAUUUUACAGUUGGUGCUAAUACCAAGCGUGGGUGAAGAGUACAUAAAAAUAAUUUUCAGCAUUUGCUUUAACAUACUCUGAAUGCUACUUGGAUAUGGUUUGCAACAAAACAAUUGUUUAAAAAUAAUGCAAUCAAAAAGCCAUAGAAGAGUUUACACAUUUGUGUGACUGAUCUAUUCACCCUCCAUAGAAGGCAGCAUUCUUGGGCAGUGAUGCGCUUUUUCAGCACAGCUCUGUACUAUAUUCACGAGAGGUAAAAAUGAUUUAAUCCGAAAACAACUCCAUUUGAUUACAAUUCUCCCAGUAAGGAUUUGAUGCAUCUUCACAUUCUGCACAGGAGUAAAUUGGAUCUGAUUUGAUUGCAUUCAAAUUUUUCCAAGGAGUAUAAAAGUAACUAAACAGAUACAGCGAACAGUAACUCAACAUAUAAAAAUCUUACAGCAAGGCACUAGUUCAAAGAAUGGCUUUGGUCUUAAAAGUAUUUUCCAAUCACAAUCAAAGUGUGGGUACAAGCAUCAUUUCUCUGCUUCACACUGCUUAUUGUUCUGAUGCAGAAAACCCCAUCCACCUGGUAAUUCAUGAGCAUUAAGACAGAUACAAGGCAUUAUUUCAUAUAAUACGAUUUCAUGCAGGUCUCAAAACAUGAUGGGUUACCAACAGUGACGAGACAAAUGCAACCUGAGCCAAAAAGAGACCACUCUGUACCGGAUUAUUUGUGUUUUGUGAUUAUAACUUUAAGAAAUAAAGUUUGACAUUUAAAA